AUGCCUCCACGACUGGACGGUCUCCCUCCAGAGGUGGUGGACAAUAUCUGCCGUUUCCUUGCUGAGCCUUGUUCCAGCACCGACUACACUGAGCGCAUGCUUGCUCUUAUCUCCCUGGGUGCGACCUCUCAAUUCAUUCGAGCUCGUGUCUUGCCACAUCAAUAUCGGCACCUCAAGAGCUUUUGGGAAGGGUGCCCAGGCCGCUUCAUCAGCCUCCACCUCUUGGCUCGGACCUUUAUGGAGCAUCGACAUUACGCCACGUUCACGCGCACCAUAGAGAUUCCUAUCACACCACCGGAGCCUACUCCGUCUGUCUUCCAAAGCCUCAAGAGCGAGUCUGUCCAGUUGUUGGGGUUGCAGUCAAGCCAAUCUUCACUGGUUGCCCCUGGACAAUGGCAUCAAAUGACCUGGAAGGUUCAGCAUCGUUUUCUCCUGGCAUUUCUCCUUCAGCUUGCUGGCACAUAUGCCAAGAAGAUCGAUAUCGAGGUUCCAGCAUACUUUUCGACCUGCUCCACAUUCGUGACAGACACCGGAGCAAUGUGUGAUGAUGGCGAGCCGUGGUACUCUUGCACAUCAAUCCUACCACCUCUACCAUCUGUGGAGGACCUGGUUCUUCAUCAGUUGUUCUCCGUGGGAAAUGGUCAUUUUAUGUCCAUGAUUGGUUUGCCUGAUGCUGAAUUCGAUCGCACGAUGGUGCAGGAGCUGAGGUACCAAGAGAUGGGGGAUGUGGACAUUCACCAGUUCAGCAAGUUGAAGACCCUCACCCUUACGCACUGCAGCCUCAGCCAGGAAGACCUCGAGGAUUGCUUCUCACUGUGCCCCGGUCUGGAACAUUUCUACUACUAUGACAGCUGCUCACACAGCGGCAUGUUUGAGUGGCAAGCAACACCGGCCUAUAUCAUCGAGGCACUAGUGCCUUUCCAGAAGAAGCUGAAGUCUCUGCAUAUCAACUUGGAUUGCACAUUCAGUGAGCACUGGAACCAAGUUUCGCUGGAGGACCAAGCAUAUUCUAUUCGCGAUCUGUCCCAGUUCCAGGCUCUCGAGGAGAUCACAUUCGACCGACGAGCUAUAUGGGGCUCGGACGACAACUGCUUCACCAAUCUGUUCUCGUCGACACCGAGAUUGCGGAAGCUCACCAUCACGCACCUCAUCAGCUGGGAAUAUGAAGGCAUGGAACGAUUGGCACUGGACAUCCGUGCGGGAAAGCAUACCUGUUUAAGGGACAUCAUCAUCCAUGAGGCAUCUACCGAAGAGGAUCCUGCCAUGAUUAUGUACGUGGAGGAUCAGAGAGAGUGGCUGUUGAAACACCUUGCUGCUGAUGGUGUCAACUUUCACAUUCUAGAGACCACGCAUCUUGAAGAGAUCGUGAAGGCUCAUAGCAAGAUGAGUCGCUAG